CUCACUUGUUACCCGUGUGCUUGAAAUGCUCCCACACGUGACACGUUGCAUAGUAAAGGGGGUAGGAUGUAAGCAAUUUUACUUGUGUACUAAGAAAUAGAGAAGUUGUUUCUCGAUAACCCAUGAUAUAAGUCGAUACAAAGGUUACAUUCUGCUUUCUUCUAUAUUACUACAAAGCGAAGAAUUAUUGAAUCUUUGGCUCCCGCUGGAAUCAAUAGGGAAAGAAAACUUCUUCCUUAACUCGGUUCCGAAGAUUCAAUCUGCGAGCGCCUUUCCAUUUGUAGUUUAAUUAAUAAAAGGAUAAAUGCAAUUUCCCUAGAGAGAACAGAAUAAGAAGAAAAUUUCCUCUUUUUUUUGGGAAAGGAUUGGGGAUUUGGGCUUGUAUAGUCUCAAUAUAUUUGGGUAUUACUAUAUCCGUUUCCCUUUAUUCUUCACACCUCUCUUUGAAACACGAUUUAAGGCAGGAAAUUAAUGCUCAUUUUCCAUUCUUCACAUUCUAUGCUUUAUUGUUUUGCUUGAAAUUGAACUAAUGCUCUGUUCAGGCACUCCUUCAAAUUAUGGAUAGUCGACUUCGUAUGGCUGGCCGGUUGAGUGCAGUAUACAUCAAGACAAAUGGUGGAGCUUUGAUCAAAGUAGAGCCAUUUGCUCAGAUUCCGAGGACUUUGGCAAGUUUCUGUAACAUGAUGGCUGAAUUGCUUCAAAAGCUCAGCAUCAAAGCAAAGGGCAAGGGUAUAAAGCUGUUGCGCCUGGUGGACAAUCCAGUGAAGAAGCAUUUACCUUUCAACUCAUACAAAAUAGAUGAACAUGUCGACUAACACAAGAGUGAAGUUGUUUGUGGCUUUGGUAGUUCCUAAUAUAACUUGUGCCACUUCAGGUCUUUCAUUCAGCUCAGAGAAAGCAGUUCAACUGCGGGAUUAUAUUAAGGGAAUCCGUAGCAAUAGUGAUGUGGUGUUUCUGGUUGGUGCAAUGGCUCAUGGUAAAAUUAAAUGUGAUUACAUCGAAGACCUUGUAUCAGUGUCUCCCCAUCACUUGAGUUCAGGGAUUUGUUUGAGACGUAUUAGUACUGCCUUGGAGAGGAUGUGGAGCAUUUUAUGAAGCGCGCCGAAGCGGCGUCUCUUUUCUGUUCCAUCUAGCACACUUCUGAUUUAUCAUUAUAUACCUUAACACUUUAUUUAUGGGUUUUUUAUUGACCUAAAAGGGUGGAGGUUAUUACAUGAGUUUUGUAAUGAGCCUAGAGCAGAAUUAAUUUUUGCCCUCAUAGAAAGAGGUGAAACAACUUAUUGA